AUGCCCUCAGGACCAUGGUACUGGCCAUGGUGUCCACUGUGGAGAGUGCCUCAACAUCCAUUGUUUCAGCUGUCCAACAUGCUCUUCGUGGCUUCCUACUGUGCUCCCAGUACAAAGAAGGGUCAAUUAUGGAUGCAUACGAUAUUGAUCUUUGGUUUCAUGUUGUAUUCGAUAUGGGCUUGGCACGUUAUAUGUUCGCCCGACGCGUUUUCAUGGAACUUCGGAUUUGUUUUCCUAAACCUGGCUCAAGUUGUUUACUUGGUCUACGAAAUGAGACCUGUGAAGUUUGACCCUGAACUGGAAGAAGUUUACCAUACUCUCUUUGAGCCAUUCAAGGUAACCAGAUUGCAGUUUAAGCGUAUGGUGUCUCCGGACUUCGCACACAUCAUGUCGCUUCACGCAGGCGAAGCUUACGCCAUGCAGAAUCUGACAAAGACCGAUCGGCUAGGGCUGCUUCUAUCAGGAAAAGUAAACGUUAUGAGCGGACAUCAAUUUCUGCACCCAAUACUGCCUUGCGAGUUCUUAGACUCGCCGGAAUUCGAAUCCAGCCGGGCGACAAUCGACGAAAAAUUUAAGGUAUCGAUUGUGGCCGCAUCGUCAUGCCGCUACGUUUACUGGCAGCGAACUUCACUCGAGUACCUAUUCGUUAAAGAGCCUUACCUUGCUUGCGUGGUGACAACCCUAAUAGCUCGUGAUAUAACGACGAAGCUGUACGCUAUGAACAACAAAAUUGUCACCGAACGAGGAUCACACUUGGACAUUAGGCUGCCGAGCAUUUCGCACGCCUUGGCGAAGAGUCCGCGCAGGUUGCGCUCCGCGAAUAAACCACCACCGCCGACCACCGUGCAACCGGUUCCGCCGGAGAAAAGGCCAAAUUGCUGGGCGCGCGGCACCGACAACGCGAACGCGGUGAAACGGAACGGCGUGCCCGGUGCCGCGUAUGUGGAAGAGGACGAGCUGAUACCGCUGGCGGAGCACGAAGCGCCAGCCGCCUCGUCGGACGACCUCUCCGCAGCGGACAGCUGCCCGGACACCUCCUCCAAAUACCACAGCUGCGAGGCCGUGGAGACGGACGACGAAUUGAGACAC